AUGUCUAAAGCGGAGAUCCUGCGAGGCUUCGUCGCAGAGAGACUCGCUGCAGCCUCGCAGGAGAUCUUAGCGGUGUUUGAGAGAAUCGUAGCCGGGUAUGAAGAGGAGGCUUCCGGCUUCAGGCAGGAGAUCGACCUGCAGAAGAGACAGCUGGAGCUCCUGCUGCAGCCUCAGGUCCAGCUGCAGAGGAAAGGUGUGGAGCCGAGCAGCAGCAGAAACCCUGACGAGGAAAAUGAGGAGAAUGAAUCUCCAGACCUGAAUAAUCAAACUCCAACAAGAGGUCCGUCUGCGUCUGAGAAAAGAAAACCCGGCAGAGCUUCGAUCAGUCAGAACCUCAUAGAUCUCAGGAUCCGGAUCCUGGAGGACUCUCAGACCGACAUUCUCUCGAACAACGUACUUAAGAAAUGUCCGAUCCUGAAGCUGCAGUGUCCUCGUGGCCUGCAGGAGGCGGACUUCCUGGACCUGCUCAGGUCCAACUUUCCUCAGCUGGCCGGAGACGACAAACAUUUAGAGGUUUUCACGUCUGACAAGAGAAGGAGACUGAAGCCUCUGAAGCUACAGACGCUGACACCAGAGGAGAUCCAGAGAAACAUCGGCUGCACAGGAUGGAAGUCGACGCUCUACAUCAGACUGAAGGCCUGCAAAGAAAACAACAGCUGUGAAGAGUCUCUGUGCAACUCCACCGCACUGACGUGUGACGACAGCAGGACACAAACCAGUCCUGUUCAGGAAGUUGAAGGCAGCAGCUCAGCAUCACCAGAAGAAGGAGAAGAAGAAGAAGUGAGCAUGGAAACGGACCAAGGCGAAAGUCACAGGACAUCAGAGCCAGCUGAAGAUCUCUCUGCAGCUCAGGGUAAAGUGAACAUGGACAAUGAAGAUGAGAGAGAAGAAGAAGAAGAAGAAGAAAGAGAAGAGGCAAUGGACAGUGACGGUGAUUGGAAACCAGAUGUUGAGGAGCCGCAGGAGAGCGACUCAGACCUGCAGGCUGAGAAACAGAAAAACAGACCUUCUGCUGUCAAGGAGACAGAAACUGAGAACAGUGUUGCUGUGUUUUUCUGCAAAGUUUGCAGUGAUCUGCACAGAUCAGAAGUCACGCUUGUCAAACACGCAUGGAGUCACGUGAACGAUCCUCUGUGCAUUUGUGGAGUUUGUGGAGAGACCGCAGACACGAUGAAGGAUCAUCUUCAGAGUCGGCACAAAACAGACGACUGUCACAUCUGCGGGGAGUCUUUCCUCGGCGCUCUCAGCUUCAACGAGCAUGUGGCCGCUCACUCUGGGGAGCGACCACACCGAUGCGACGUCUGCCAUGAAGCUUUUGCCCUGAAGGUGUCGCUGGAGAACCACCAGAGGCAGCACGAGGCGGGUAAACUCCACAAAUGUUACACGUGUCACAAAGUGUUUGAUCUGAAGGAGCAGUUAAAAGCUCACCGCAGCACUCACGGCAAUAAGAAGACACAUCUGUGCGGCGUGUGCGGUAAAUCCCUCAGCGACUACAGAUCUUUAUCUCGACACAAGAUGACGCACUCUGGCGAACGACCUCACAGCUGUCAGACUUGCGGGAGACGUUUCAAACUCCUCGGCACGCUGAGGCAACACGAGAAGAUCCACACGACCAGAGAGAGAUCAUACCUGUGCGACGUCUGCUGCAAAAUGUUCCUGACCAGCAAGCAGCUGCAGAUCCACAUGAGGACGCACACCAAUGAGAAGCCGUACCACUGCGGCGAAUGCGGCAGGGGCUUCACCACUAAGGGACCUUUGACGAUUCACAUGCGGAUUCACACCGGGGAGACACCAUACAGCUGUCCGGACUGCGGCUGGUCCUUUAAACGCAAGAUUAACCUAGACAACCACGUGACCGUCCACUCCGGAGUCAAGCCGUUUGUCUGUGGGAUUUGUGGGAAGGCAUGUGCUCGUAAAACGUACCUGACAGUUCACAUGAGGACACACAAUGGGGAGAGACCGUAUAAAUGUUCUCUGUGCGAUAAAGCCUUCACUCAGAGCCAUUGUCUGAAAACGCACAUGAAGAGCCACCAGGGGGACGAAACUGCGACGUAGUGCUCAUAUCAGAGCAAAAAACAGAACUGUGAGGUCUUUACUUGAUGAGUUUUCUUUGAUUUAAUUUAAUGUAAAAGCUGUG